ACACACACCUAAAAUUUCGUAGAUCCAUAAGCAUAUCCAUUCUCUUUUUUUCAUCAUUCUCAUUUUUCAAGCUAUGGCUUCUGAAGAACCCACCGUCACCGUCGAAGAAACCGCCGUCGUUGACGAAACUGCCGCCGUCGACACUUUACCUCCUGUCGUCAAUGAGUCUGACGAACCUGCUGCUGAUGAUGAUACCACCACCGCCGCCGCCGCCAAGCCGAAGAAAGCUGCUAAGGAGCCUAAGCCGAGGAAGCCAGCUGCUAAGACCGCUCGCACUCAUCCUCCUUACGAAGAGAUGGUGAAGGAUGCGAUUGUUACGUUGAAGGAGAAAAACGGUUCGAGUCAGUAUGCGAUUGCGAAGUUCAUUGAAGAGAAGCAUAAUCAGCUUCCAUCGAACUUCAAGAAGAUUUUACUUGUUCAGAUCAAGAAGCUUGUUGCUUCUGAUAAGCUUGUUAAGGUUAAAGGAUCUUACAAAUUACCACCUAAGUCAUCUGCUGCUAAACCAGCUGUUGCUGCUAAGCCUAAGUCAAAGCCCGCUGCUGCUAAGCCCAAGCCCAAGCCCAAGAAACCAACACCUAGGGCUUCUGCUCCUGUUAGUACUAAGAAAGCUAAGCCAGCUGCUAAGGCUAAGCCAGCUGCUAAAGCUAAGCCAGCUGCUAAGGCUAAGCCGGCUCCCAGACGUGCUGCUAUUGUGCAUCCUGCACCGGUGACGCUUUUGCCUCCCAAACGUAAGCCUAGGCCUGCUCCCAAGGCGAAGCCGGCAGCUAAGGCAAAACCUGCUCCCGCUAAGGCGAAACCUGCUCCCGCUAAGGUGAAAGCAGCUCCCGCUAAGGCAAAGCCUGCUACGAAGGCCAAGCCCGCUGCCAAGCCGGUGAAGGCUUCUCGGACUUCGACCAGGACAUCACCUGGGAGAAGAGCUGCUGCGGCAAAGCCUGCUGUGGUGAAGAAGGUUGCCACACCGGUGAAGAAGGCUGCUCCGGUGAAGAAGGCGGCGGUGAAGGCAAAAUCGCCAGCGAAGAAGGCAGCUCCGGCUAAGAGGGGGGGUAGAAAGUGAAUUGUGGAGGGGUGUUUAGGAAGCUAGUUGUUUGUAGCUUAGCUAGCUGUAAAUUUUUCCUUUGUUAUUCGGUGUAGUUGAGGUUUUACAGAUGUUGAUUUUAUUAAACUUUAAACUUUUAAAUUGUUGGGUACACAGUUUCUAGCUUGUAUUAUCUUGUUAUUGAUUCAAUAGUAAAUGAAAUGAAGCUAGAAAUUUUUUA